AUGAACUUGAUCGACUCUAAUCUCACUAUUUUUGAUGUUAUCGGUGGUGAACGUUGGUGUGAGUCCGCGCUGCAUCAUGUUUUUGGCCCUAAUUUGAAUUUGCAAAGUCUGAGCUUUGUCUCUUUUGAUCUCGUGUCCCUCAAUCAUUGGGCUUGGUCUCCUUCAUCUAAGCAGCAUAAAAUCUCUUCCUCUGUUUACGCAUAUCUUAAUCACGGAGUGCCUCAGGUGGAUCCUUGGCACGGCUGGAGAGUUAUCUGGAAGCUAUAUCUUGCGCCCAGAACCAAACACUUUAUCUGGACUCUCCUUCAUGGUCGUUUGUCUACUUCUAACUUUCUAUCUUACUUGCAUCUUGGUCCAGAUAUCCCUUGCCGGCUGUGCGGCCUUUCCUCUGAAACUAUUGAUCACUUAUUUUGUUACUGUCCCAAAGCCAAGCAGGUUUGGGCUUACCUCAGUUUGAAACUAAACACUUUCAUCCACUUCCCGCUUGGCUUCGGUUCUGGUCUCUGGGUUACUGAGGGCGGUUUCUCAACACACAUUAUUUCAGUUAUCUCUGCAACCGCUUGGAUGAUUUGGAAAUCCCGUUGUGAUGUUAUAUUCCGCAACACUCAUUUUAAUGUCCCUACUGUUGUUUGUAGAGCAAUUGCUCACGUGCAGGAGUUCACCGUUUGCAGGGAAAGUCUGUUCGGGCAAAUGCUCAUUCUAAACAAUAUCCCCAAGUCUGAUAACUUCAUAUUGUUCACUUACUCCUGUGUUCAGCAAGCUUCUGAGGUAUGUUCCACUGGCUUCUUUAUCACAAAUACUAACUAUGUUGUUAAAUUGGCAGGUUGCUUCUCUUUCCCGGUGAGUGAGUCAUCUCUGGAGAAUCUCUCCGCCACCACUGCAGCUCUCCAGUCAGCUCUCGAUCAUGGAUUUUACAUCAAGCAUAUUUUUGUUCAGACUCCCUCGAUCGCAUCUUCUAUCUUCACCCCCGAGCCAGUCAUCACUUGGCGUUUUCGCUCGCAGCUUGAAGAUAUUCGUUUCCUUCUGAACGUUCACGACUCCCCUCGAUUUCAUUGCAUUCCUCGGCUUUGGAUGUCACCUGCGGUUCACUUAGCUUCACUCGGUCUCAACUUCUCCACAUUAAAUCUUUUUCUUUUCGGCCGCGACCUUCCUCGCUGGCUCAUGAAGGCCUUCACUGAGGAUGGGUUCCUCUUCUAG